ACCGGAGUGCAGUUUCUUGUUAUGAAAGCUGCAGAGUGAAAUGUUGGAUAACUGCUCUUUCCCUGCCCUUAUACAACACCAUGUGGAGAGCUGAGGGACCCCCGACGAUCUAGUGUAGACAUAAGAUGGUUGAAUGUCAAGAGAGUGAUUUUUUUAAUUGAGAAAAGUUAUUUAAAAAAAGACAGAGAGGGACAGCAUGGCCAAGCGGAGAGAGAGUGCAGCAGAGACAGAGGCCGAUACAAAGAAGCUGAAGCAGGUGCUGAAGCCGAAAAGCAGCGGAGCAAAAGCGAGAGCCAAGAAGAAAGAUGCAGGUAAUGGCAUCACAGAGGAAGAGGAAAAGCUCACGAGGAAGGUCAAACCCAAACCACGAGCAACGGUGACCUCCACCACAUCCAAAACCGCCACUGCUGUCAAAACCAGUAAAUACUUCCAGUCUCCAGUGAAGGAGGAGGAGGCAGACAGCGAGGAUGACUUUGACAUGUUGACAUCACCAGUGCAUGCCGUUACAACGGCUGAAAAGAAAACAGAGAAAGAAACAGAAGAAGAGGAGGAGGACAGCGAGGAAGACGAAGAUGACUGGGAGGAAGUGGAAGAACUUUCUGGUCCGCUGGGUCCAGUUGAGCCACCAGAACCCGUCCUGCCCUCUCAGCCGGUUGAAAUAGAGAUUGAGACUCCAGAAGUCAGGAAACGAAAAAAGAGGCAGGCAGAGUUUGAGACGUAUCUGAGGCGGAUGAUGAACCGAUACAAGAAGGACGUGCUGAUAGACACACACAAGGUCCACCUGAUGUGCCUGAUAGCCGGUGGGAUGUUCCGCAGUCGUCUGUGCUGUGAACCGGACCUGCUGGCCAUCACUCUGUCGCUGCUGCCCGCCCACUACGGCCUGGUUGCCAAGGAGCGCAUCGACCAAAACUACCUCUCCGGACUCCUCAAGUGGUUUAGAGCAACGUUCACCCUCAACCCCAGUCUUUCCUAUGAGGAGCUUCCGGACCCCCGCGCUCUGCUGGAGAGGCGGCUGGCCAGCCUGUCUGCCAGAAACCAUCAGGAAUUGACUCAUCUGUUCCUGCUGGUCCUGAGAUCUCUGCAGCUUUUCUGCCGAUUGGUUCUUUCUCUGCAGCCGAUUCCUCUCAAAGCCCCGUCAGCCAAGGGACAAGGGGCUAAAACGUCUCCCGGGGCCCCUGGAAAGAGCAACACAAGCCAGCAAAGCUCCAAGACCACCUCCCCUGAGCCGAAGGUCUCCCCUGGUAACAAGAGACCGGCUGGAGGGGGGAAGAUCAAGGGAGGUCCAGGAGGAAAGAAAGCAAAGACCAAAGAAAUAAAGGAGGAGGAGAAGGAGAAGGUGAUAACAUCAGGAGGGCAGAGGCCAAAGAACUCAAAACGACGCAGCAUCGCCUCAAAAGUCAGUUACAAGGAAGAAAGUAACAGUGAAGAGGAAAAAGAGGAGGACGAGCUGAAUGAUGAUGAGGAAUUCCAGGCAACCAGUGGUGAAGACAACGAGGAUUCAGAGGGAGGGGUAGAAUCCAGAAAGGGGAAGAAAGGGAAGAGCAAAGCCAAGAAGAGAAACAGUAGCGGAGGGAAAAAACAGGUAAAAGACGAGGAGUUGGAAGAAGAAGAGGAGGAAGAUGCUGAAGAAGGAACGACGAGCAACACAACAAAGCGAAGGAGGGGGAAACACAAGGAUGGGCCUGGAGCGGACGAGUGGCUGGAGGUGUAUCUGGAGAAAACUUCAUCCUGGGUCUGCGUAGACGUGGAGCACGGCGUCGAGAUGCCUCAGCUCUGCUCCCAGAACGCAACGAAACCGGUGACGUAUGUGGUGUCGGUGGACGGGGACGGCUUCGUUAAGGACCUGGGGAGGAAGUACGACCCCACCUGGUUGACAUCAUCUAGAAAGAGGCGGGUGGAUGAUGAUUGGUGGGAGGAAACGCUUGAGCCGUUGCUGGGACCCGAGGACGAGAGGGACAUGAAGGAGGAUAAGGAGCUCCAGCACAAGCUGUUGAAUAAACCCCUGCCCAUCUCUAUCGCGGAGUAUAAGAACCACCCUCUGUACGCCUUAAAGAGACACAUGUUGAAAUAUGAAGCGAUCUACCCUUCAACAGCCACUGUGCUGGGAUACUGCAGGGGAGAGCCGGUCUACUCCAGGGAUUGUGUGCACACCCUGCACUCCAAAGACACUUGGCUGAAAGAGGCACGGACUGUAAGACUAGGAGAGGAACCAUAUAAGAUGGUGAAGGGCUUCUCUAAUCGUUCCCGUAAAGCCAGGAUGGCGUCAGAGCAGAAGGAGGAGAAUGACCUGGCUCUGUUUGGAGACUGGCAGACUGAGGAUUACCAGCCGCCUAUAGCUGUGGAUGGAAAGGUUCCCCGUAACGACUACGGUAACGUCUACCUGUUUAAGCCCUGUAUGUUACCAGUGGGCUGCGUUCACCUCAGGCUGCCCAAUCUGAACCGCGUGGCCAGGAAGCUGGACUUGGACGCCGCCCCUGCUGUCACGGGCUUUGACUUCCAUGGCGGAUACUCGCACGCUGUGACUGAUGGUUACAUUGUGUGUGAGGAGCAUGAAGAGAUUCUCAGAGCGGCCUGGGCGGAAGAACAAGAGCUCCAGAAACAGAAAGAGAGAGAGAAAAAAGAAAAGAGGGUGAUCUCUAACUGGACCCUGCUGGUGAAGGGGGUCCUGAUCAGAGAAAAGCUUAAACAGCGCUACGGAAAGAAGAACCACGGACUGGGGAGCCUUGCUCACGAAGAGGAGACAGGCGGAUUUUCAUCAGACGAGGAGGCGGAUGAGGGUGGAAGCCCUUCAGAUAAGACGGCGUCUGAGACUCUGGCCAUGUCCUGGCCCCAGAACAGACAAGCAGAGGAGGACGGAGGGAGCAUCAGCGGACUGAAGAAGAAGACGACUACAAAACGAGAAAAGAGAGGACAAGAAAAACACUUGUUCCCCUUUGAGAAAGUGUGAUGUCGGAGAUCAAACUACAUUUGAGUUUAGAUAACUUGAGUUCUAUUACACUCUGCUCUCAAAAAAGCACUUGACUGACUGCUCUUGAUAUUUACUUUGAAAGAUGUUCAGAAACCUUGAAAGCAGGAUAAAAUGCAACUCAGGUGGGACAAAAUUUGGAAUCAAUUUUUGCAAGUUUGAUCAUACCUGAAAGCUUUGGCUGUAACAUAAGCAAAAGAGGAAAGAGGGGAGGAGGAAGAAAGAGAGGAAUGUUUUGUAGUAAACUGAUCUGCAGAUCAAUCCUUUUCAUCCUGUGGGUAUAAUCCAUGCAUUAAACCUGCUCCGUCACCAUCACUACUGAGCAUAUUCCCAUUUGCCCAUGUACUGUAUUGGUAGCUUUUUAUAUGACAGUGUAGUAGAAAUAUAUGACGUGCCAAGAUGCCGGUGGGGUAGCGCACAAGGUGAACAUAAAAUCCAUCAAGUGGACACAUGUGCUGUUGUGCAGAAAAGUGUUAUCAGUUUGCCUUGGAGAGAACAAACACAACAUGAAUGUGAGAACAGGGAAGUGUCCUUACAGCACGAAACACUCAGCAAGUAUUCAGUGGGUGUGCUCCAAAGCUGGAUCAGUGCAGUGCUGGUUUUGAUCCCAGUGAGCACGAUUUCUCUUUCAGCUCAACACACAAAUGGCAUAUGCAGCUCGGAUUGGUGGCUUGUGUGGCAAGUAAACACAAUAACCCCAUGUACCAACAACACUACAAACAAUACAGGCCUAUAAUUCCCCCCUGGCUUGUAGUGGCUCCGCAACCUGCUACUGUUUGAUUUCAUCUCAUUCCAUACAAGCAUGUUUCCCCAACCUUGCCACCAUGUGACGACCAACUGGACCACAGCCAUUGUUACAGGCUGGAUUGUACAUUAUGUAACUCGACACAGUGAAAACAGGAACUUGUACUGUUGUUGUUAAGUGAAAACGUAUCUUCUGGUUGUCACAUAUCCAGAGACAAGGACAAACAGUCUUGUUUUUGUAAUUUUACUGCUCUGCACUUUUUGGUUAAUGUGACUGUUUCUGGGUUGUUUGAUCCACUCAUCUGACAGAUUGCUGGAGCACCUGUGAACUGUGUAACUCUUCUCCUAAAGGUUUAAACAUGAAAAUCACUGCAGAAGUUGCUAUAUGAUUUCUUAGCACACACUCUCUGACUUUAUGUCUUACAAAUACUGUACUUCCUCUUUUUUUUCUGUGUACUUGUUUGGCUGCUAUAUCCCCGGAGGUUCACUUGUUCCUGCUGUAUUCUGUAGCAGCCCUCACAUUCUGCCUCUUACUCAUCCCUUUCACACUUUUGUCAGUACUGUUUCACACCUUGUGUCUCUAUACGUGUUUGUACACAGCAGAUGAUAGCUGUAUUUAAUAGUCAACAGUUUUUGUAUGAAAAGUAUUUUUCUAAGAAACGUUGACGUACCAGUAAAAAGCAAAACAACUGA